AAUUAAAUUAAGUUAUACAUUUAAACUUAUAUAAUGUACAUCUCAGACGUCCAUAACCAUGAUUCACAUUCUUCAUCUAAAAAACUUGUCAAUUCUGUUCGAAAACUUCACCAGCCAAUCAGCGGCAAGCAUUGUUGGUCUAGUCUCCGCCCCUUCAUACUUUUUUCUCACAGCAGUGAGCGGCGCGUGAGGGUGUAGUGUAUAACCGAAUCCACAGUAUCAUCAUCAUCAUCAUCAUCAUCAUCAUGAUCGGAAUUAUAUCCGACGCGAUGACUGAAGCCUCUCAAAAUGGUUAGGUGGGGAAGAAUCAUUGGUCGAUGAGCGUUUCGUCUAAUACAGGGUUAAGACCUUGAAAGUAUGCCUUUGUUACACGCGCCUCCCCGCGAAAGUUAGCGCUCGAGUUGCCUCGGUGCUGCGUUUUCAGAGCAGGAGAGAUACAUUGUUACGGACGCUGAAUUUUAAGCAUUGCCCGUGUGGUUAUACAGCACUGCCCAUGUCGCACAUCGCCGAUGCUGCAUUGACAGUCGGUGCUUUGCGUAAAGGUGAACCGUAAUUCAUCCGUUCACCGGGCGACCGCCUCAAAACCGAUUUUGCGCGCACAAUGGCCGGUCGUCGCAGUUGCGUGAAUUCGCUAUGGUCAGGCAGCGAACGGGUUCGUAUCGGGGAGCGAUUGAAAGCCACUCUGGCGGGCAUCAUGGAGUUGGACCUGCUCAGAGGACGACAGCUGGAGAUGGUGGAUGCGGUACUGGAGGCGACCACAGCGACCGCACACCGGGGGGAAGAACAGGAGAGUGUCGCCGAGGAUGGUGCCGCAGCCCCCCACAGGCAACAGAGUCUGUCCCCAGCACACCCUGAUAUGCCUUGUCUGAGCGCAACAGGAGAUGGGAUAAGCUCACGCUGGUCCACCUUGUCUUGGGAUGUCCCGUCUGAUCUGAUAUCCUCAACCACUCCGGACCUCUCGGGCACCACAGCACUUGACUGCGACUCCAGACCCAGCUCAGGCUUUUAUUCGGUCAGUGGGAGUUCUCUCUCAGACUCUUGUUAUUCAGUGUCCAGUGAGGCAGCUGCUGGAGGGGCAGUGAAAGGGUGCUGGAGGCCUCGCUCGCUGGAUCAUAGCGCAACCCAAUGGAGGGAGGUUGAAUCUCAGAAUGCAGAGUGUCCUGAACGGACAGUGGAGAAACAGGACAGAAGGCCCUUUUCUACUGGGGAUCUAGAAAUCAACAGCCUCGUAUUCCUGACAGACCUCUGUUCCAGUUUGGGAGGAAUACACCCAGGCUCUUUUCUGCCCUCUUCCAACUCCAGUCCACAGGUUCAGUUGGACCCCAAAUUCUGCUCAAACCUAGUGUCCCGAAAGACAAAAGAGAUCUACCCUUACCCUAGUCCACUUCAUGCUGUGGCCCUCCAGAGCCCCCUGUUCACCUCCUGCCAGGAACCUUCACCUACCCGCCUCUCCCCCAGCCCAGAGAGCGAGCAACCUGUAGAGCCUGUGCUUGAGGAACCUCCCAAGAAGAACCAGUCUCCACCUUCUCCAUCGUUUACUCAGCUGGAGCUAUACAUCAACAGAUUAGUCCAUCAGUAUCACAGCAGGAUGGCAGCUGAAACUUCCAGUCGUGGACGCCAAAAGAACAUUGCUGGUUACGAGGGGCUUCACCCCAGAAGUGUGUCCUCUUCGAGCCUGUCUGGAGGUAGUGUGACUCCAUGUAAGUCUAUAUUAGGAAAUUCGUCGAGAGUCAGCCUGAGCAGUAUUGGCAAACAUGCAAGUCGCAAUUCCAUCAACCUUGGCAACUUGCCCUCUGUGACAGGAGAGGAUUUCAACAUCAGCUUUCAUUUGAAUCUGAAUUUGAACCUAAAUCCAAAUCUGAACAAGACAUUGAAUUUUGAUGCUAAAAAUGUAAAUGAGGAGGUAACAGGGUCAUGUGGACAUCUUUCUGCCAGUUUGGUAACUCCAACUGCAUCCCCUUCUUCUUCUACGUCUACUAUCACCAGCACUCCAAAUUGGAGCAGGAGACCAAGAAUCUCCACCUGCCCCUCCUCAGUGAACCACCGUGGGUCUCUGGAGAUAACUGGAAAGACCUUUACACCAAUGGGCUUCUCCAAAUCACUAGACUGGAGUGGAGCCUCAAGGGAAGAGGUGGAGGGCUGUCCUCCAAUCAAAGCUUCAAAUAGCCCUCUUAAACUUAAUGAGGACUCAGCAUUUGUAUGUGAAAUAUCUCGUGUAUCAGGACUGCCAAGAUCUGUCGUCAUUGGUUUGAUGGAGGAGGGGGUGGAGUUGGAUACAGAAUGUUUUAGAAGUGAAAGAGGUGUGGGAUCUGCAUCUCCAAAUAAUGUUCCUACACUACACUCUACCAGGUCUUCAUUUCAACUUCCUUUCGGACUGGAACAAACUAAUGUGACAUCAUCAGCAAAUGUCUGGACUGGAAGUGCAGGCACAGGACAGGACUUCUUAUCCCAGCAGCACCACUUGCAAGUUUCCCACUCCGAUUGCCAUUCGGCACUUACAUCACAGUCAAGUAGCCCUCAUUCGGACAAUUCAGGCCCCACACCCACUCGUUCCUCUCCCAUCCUACCUUUCCCACAUAAUCAGUCAGACCCUGGCUCUUCUCCUUGCUCCUCCCAGACCAGAGUCCACUCCCCUCCUCGGUUACUUUCUAAUUCACCUUUCACUCCUGCCCAACUAUCAGUGUUUCGCCGUGACUCCCCAUCCCAGUGCUCUCUGCCACGUUUUCACCCAUGUAGUUCCCCACUGGAGGGUCUCAAUCGACCUCGCGGAGGGUCCCUCAGGCAGAAUGCAGGGGUUGGAUGGAAGCCUCAAGACAGAGGCUGGAGAAGAAGUGGCGAUGGAGAUAGACUGUACCAGGGCAAACAUGCUUCCAGAGAGCUUAUCCGAGCAUCCACAGUGAGUAGUUACUCCGGCAGAGACUAUAGCAUCGGUUGGGAGGAUGAAAUGGGCACUCAGACACCUAAAAAGGGUGGAAAGUUCUGGAAAGGCUUUGAAGCACGACUUUGGGGAAGAGAGGAGGAAGAGGCAGAGAGAGACGAGAGGGCCAGUGGAUUCACUUGGAGGCACACCUCUUUGAAAGAAACGUCAUCCACUAGUCACCAACAAAGAGGGAGCAAUUCAAAAAAGAAAGGAACGAGUUGGGACGGCAGGAGCUCCAGUCUCCGGUUGUCCAGGCGAGCGUUAUUCCGAAGCGAGUCUCAGGGAAUACUCGAGCCACAGAAACAGGAAAGCAAUCAGUGGCGGUCCUCUUUUGAAAUCAGCCGAGCAGGCCGGGGAUCCGAACGAAGUCGCCAUCUUGUGAGAAAGGAAGAGAAGCAUCAUUCUUCAACUGCCAGUCUUUUCCAUCUCUCUCGUUCUCAGAGCCUAGAGGGAAGCAGUCGCUCGCUCUCUCCUCUUUCGUCCUCUUCUCUCUCUCCCUCCCCACCUCCAUCAGCCCCUCUUACUCGAUCCAGAUCAUUCCGUGACCUUGGAAGAAAAGUUUUCGGCUCUAUGAGGUCCCUCAGUUUCAAUAAAAAUCAGAAAUCAAAAAAGAAAGAUUAGUAUUUAUAGUACAAGAAUGUUUAAAAAUGGGCGAAACCAUGCUGCCAAUUUUUACUUCUGCUUGUGUAGGUGCUUCUGCAUGCCAUUUGUGAUGUGUCUUUGUGCACUGUUAUGGUCAUAGUGCUGCUGGUGUUGUUUUUACUAUGAACCUUUAAUGCUUAAGCACUCUAAAGUAUUUACUGACCAAAUAAAGAAAAAUAUGUCGUGCUCAGGACUUUAUGGAAAAAAUGUUAUUUGAUAUUUGAAAUAAUUGUUGAAAGUGCUAAAACAUGAACGAGUAUCAAUAAAAGUAUUUCCAGUUGAA